CACGCGUCCAUGACGCGCAUGGCCACACGUCGGCCAUCCUGCGGCCGUCCCCGUCGCCCCCAUCGACCUACAAGGACACCCAUGCCCUGGUUGAACCCUAGCUGCCCUCCAGAUCCCCCUCUCUUUGCCCCUCUCCCACACGCCCGACCUCGUCGGCGCUGCCGUCGCCAUACCGCCGCCGUAGGCGCGGCCACUAGCCUCCCAGCACCAUCGGAGAAUGCCCAGGAGCUCCACCAGCAUGCCCUGCUUCCCCUACGCGGAUCAACUCGAGCUCGGAGCAACCACCUCGACCGGAUCGACGCCUUCUUCUUCCUCGGUCGUCGCCGCUGCUCUUCAUCGAUCCGUCGCCUCUGCAGCUCCUAAGCCACCAACGGGCCUCCGUGUGCCUCCGCGUUGUGAAGAGGAGUUCCUGAUGAUAGCUGAAUAUACCAGCCUACUUGCCUACAACCAAGGCAAAAUUAUCAGCGUGUAUGCGAAACAGCCUGCUAGCUGGGUGUGUGCCUCCUGUUUGAGCGAGAGGGAGGACCUUUGCUGGGCAGUCAAAGGAUGUGCUCGGAUAUGGUGGUCCAACUGCAAGGAACCAAUCACCCAGAUGCCUUUCCUAGACUGAUCCAAAGACUAAUGAAGCUGGGGCUGUCAAACUGACCAAAGCAGGUACAGCCACAUCUUAGGCUUGAAAAUUUGCAUAUGGACGUGGGAGUCCACUCAUAUGUAUGGCUUUCAUGUACACUUUGAAUGGUCCAGGAACAUAUGUAUUUUUCUGUGUGUUGAUUUUUUUCCAAGAGUAUUUGCUUUGUGUCUGUAGACAUUAGGUUAGUUGUCAAGUUGGUAAUUAGAGGAUUAGAUCACUGUAUCAAUCGACAAUCAUCUCGGGAAAGUAUCAUUGUACUUUUGUUAGAUAAUUGGUAUUUCUGUAGUUGCACAUUUUUAUACUUAUAUAUUUGUAGCCACUUUUAUUGUGUUCUUUGUUCCUUUCUUUUUAUCAUACAUAUAACUAAAAGCCAAUUACAGAAAAAUGUCAGUCUCAUCCCUUGCCUUCUUUAGUUGAGGAGAUUACUCUACUUUUUAUCACUGUUGGAGGAUUCCUUAUUUUGAGAAGUCAGUAUCACAGCAACGGGCACGCAGCUUGGCCAACUCAUUAUUUCUACCGGCACCAAUCGUUUUUAUUGUUUCUAGCCAAUGUAGAUUGUGGUGAUUGUAUGAAAGAUUUAAUACCUUCUUCACGUGCAUGCUAGAAAGGAAUGUUUGCGGAUGGACGUGAAAUGAACUGUUAAGUACUCUCCUAUUUAGUUUCACCAGGAAUUUAUUGAUAUGGUAAGAAUUGUUAGAUUGGUUUGUGACGAAAUGUUGCUUGAAAAUAAAUUCAUGAUAGGUUAGAGUGGGGGCAAAAAUAGUUAUAGUGCUUUUGUAGGACGAUGGAUUUUCUCCAUGUAGUCUUGUAGCCUUCAUGGAAGUCAAAUUUUGUAGGUUUGUUUGUACAUUUUUGCUUUGUUUCGGAAACCAAAGCAGUUCACUUUAUCCAUGUGUUUUUUCUUGCUUCUCUGCACUGUACCCUUUGGGAUGAUCAAUAUGCAUUACUCUUUUUCAAAGUUUCUAUUUGGAACUAUUUUUUUUUUAUUAAACCACUGUCAGAAGGUUUCACAAGAAACCUAAAAACUGUAACAGGUGGUUUUUAGUCGUUUAUCAGUUCGUUUUGCUCAUGGGGAUAUAUAAUUAGCUUUUACCAGUUUUUUGAUUAUACAAGUUUUUUUCUUCUUUCUCCACAUGUGUGUUUCUGCAAUAUGUGUACAUUCAAGCGCCGGAAGGUUUGUUCUCCCACUGUGUGCCACUAAUAUUUCAUUUUUGUGGGUGAGAUUUUCUAACUUCUGGAUGCGCGAAUGGUUUGGAUAUGGUGUUGCGCAAUGCUACUGUGUUAUGCUAUGACCACGGACAUGCUUAUGUGAUGUGGUGCAUCUGUUUUUAUACUUCAACAAUUGUUGUUCCCGCUUGCGCGGCAGCGGUGACUGUAGAUGCUGCUCACACAUCUGUUGUUCAUGCGUGCACGGGGGCGCGGAGGUGGGCGACCGGGCGUGGGAGGCGGCUCGCGAGCACCAGGCAGGCGCAGCUGUCACCUGCGUCGACGAGGAGCACAUGCCCGCGGAGGGAUGUUGUGGCCUGGCACUAUCCGUCGUGGAGCUCGCGAGGGACUCCUUGUCACGGGCGGGCGCUGCCUGUCACGGUGCUCGCGAGGUCCAGUUUGGGAUCCAUGGAGCCAGAGCGCAGCGGCAGAACUGCGCGACGGCCGUCGCGGUGGGCGAGCACGGCGGCGGCGACUGCAACUGCUGCUGCGGUGACUGGCUGCUGUUGUUCCUGCUUGCGCGACAGCGGUGACUACAGAUGUUGCUCAUGCAUCUGUUGUUCCUGCGUGCACGGGGGAGCGGAGGCGAUGGCGUUGCGGCGGCGAUGACUGCAUUGGGCCAACUUUUUCGUCUGCACGGACACAAACAGACGAAAUGGGUCGGUGUGUUGCAGUUGCUCUAACUCCCUGAAAUUUUUCAUUCAUUUGCUUUUAGGAUGUAGGAUGGAGCAUAGUUUGUGCUGUUGAUUGUCAAUUGUACUCCCUCCGUUCCUAAAUAUAAGCCUUCAGUUUGUGAUGUUGAA